AUGAAUUUGAAUAUUUGUUUGACAGAUGUUGAUGAAGCAUCCAAGAAGGAAAUCAAGGAUGUUCUGAUUCAGUACGACAGGUCUCUGCUUGUUGCUGAUCCACGUCGCUGCGAGCCCAAGAAAUUUGGAGGUCCAGGUGCUCGUUCCCGUUACCAGAAAUCUUACCGUUAA